AAGGCCCAGCCCAGGUCCCUCGCGUGUCCUUGCCGCUUCUCCGCAGAGCUCCAGAAAGAGCCCGCUGCCGUGCUCCAGUCCAGGCUGAAGAGCUGAGCCAGGGCCAGGGAGCUGGAGCGCUCUCUGCCCUGCAGGGAGCUCAGGAGAUGUGAGGGAGGAAAAAUACCUUGAGAGCCAAGGAGCAGCCCCCCCGCCCCCCACCGCUUUCCCAGAGGGAGGCCCUUCCCAGAGAGCAAGAUAGGAUUUUCUCAACCCAGGAAAAGUUUUGGCCCCAGGUGGCCAGAAUAGAGGUGCUGCAGAAAACCAAGCUCCAGAAAGAUCAAUAAAGGCGAAUGUGCUGGAUGAGUGAAGACACACAGUCUUGUGCGGCUGGCUCUCUGAAUUGGGGAGUGUGCCUGAGGCUCGUUCUGGGGCAGCUAAUGAGUCCGUGUAGCGCACUCUCUAGCAGCCCCCACGGCCCUCACAUGCACACAAGCAGUGCCUGUGAAAGGCAGGGAGGACCUGGUGAGCUCCUGGAAUCUUGUCUUUGCUGUGACUCUUCUAAGACCCAAGGAAAGACGGAGGUUCAGCGAGGCUGAUUGUCCAGCCUUGGUGACCCCCCAACACCUCUGUCUGCUGGGCUCUGGGUUCUCUGUCCCUUGCCACCACCAGCCUUGAACCUACAUCAGGCCGUGAGUGAAAAGCCCAUUUUGUGGUGCCUUGUAGCUUUGCCUUCAGAGCUCCUGUCCCACAGGGGUCACUGGGGCCCAGGGAGUGUAUGAAUAGCCCAAAAUAUCCAAAGAGGUACUCAGUGGGUCCCUGAAGUGCACUGGUCACGUGGAAAGUGGAAAUACCCUGGAUUGCUCAGUCCUGGGGCCUUUUCGCUUAGGGACACUGGGGUGACUAAGAGCUCCCUUACUCAGCCUAGAUGCCGGCUGUGCGGGCUUCCCCAGCUCCUCCCAGCCAGGUGUCAGCCAAGGAGGAGGAGAAGGAUAGGCCACUACCCCAAUCCAAAACUGCUAGCUCCCAGGCCUGGUGUCUGUGGGAGGGACUUGGUGGGGCGGGAACAGUCGGGCUGGCUGCUGGGAACCAAACCGAAAGCACUUGGGCUGAAAACUGGACCGGGAGUCAGGGCUCCCAGGAGUGGGAAAUUUAGCUCAGGCUAGGGAGGAAUUCUCAUUCUCUUCCCCCUGCCCCACUGUCACCCACCAACCUGGAGCUGAGUGGCAGCAAGAGCGGUGUGUCUGCCCCCCCCUCGGGGGGGCAGGGCAGCCCUUCAGGCUUGGGUGCUGUCUAGCACCUGGAAGAAUGCCUGUGCCCUGGUUCCUGCUGUCCUUGGCACUGGGCCGAAGCCCCGUGGUCAUCUCUCUGGAGAGGCUUGUGGGGCCUCAGGACACUGCACGCUGUUCUCCUGACCUCUCCUGCCACCUCUGGGAUGGUGAUAUGCUCUGCCUGCCUGGGAAUAUCUUGUCUGCCCCAGGCCCUGUGCUGGUGCCUACGCUCCUACAGACAGAACUGGUGUUGAGGUGUCGACAGCAGACCGACUGUGAUCUCUGUGUUCGUGUUACUGUUCACUUGGCUGUGCAUGGGCACUGGGUACAGCCUAAAGAUGAGAUAAAAUCUGCUUCAGAGUUCGAGGAUCCUAGGAACGCUUCUCUCCAGGCCCAGGUCGUGAUCUCCUUCCAGGCCUACCCCACUGCCCGCUGCGCCCUGCUGGAGGUACAAGUGCCUGCUACUCUGGUGCAGCCUGGUCAAUCUGUGGGCUCUGUAGUAUUUGACUGCUUCGAAGCUGGUCUGGGGGCUGAGGUGAGAAUCUGGUCCUACACACAGCCCAGGUACCAGAAGGAACUCAACCUCACCCAGCAGCUACCUGAUUGCAGGGGUCUCGAAGUCCGGGACAGCAUCCAGAGCUGCUGGGUCCUGCCAUGGCUCAACGUGUCUGCAGAUGGUGACAAUGUGUGUCUGGUGCUGGAUGUCCCUGAGAGGAAGCACUUUGGCCUCUUGCUGUAUUGGGAUCAGGUCCAGGGUCCCCUCAAACCCUGGUGGCACAGAAACCUGACUGGGCCGCAGACCAUUACUCUGAACCAUACAGACCUGGUUCCCUGCCUCUGCAUUCAGUUGUGGCCCCUGGAGCCUGACUCUGUCAGGACCAACUUCUGCCCCUUCCAGAAAGAUCCCCGUGCACACAGGAACCUCUGGCAUGCAGCCAGGCUGCAGCUGCUACCCUCACGGAGCUGGAGGCUGAGUGCACCAUGUUCUUUGUCUGCUGAGGUGACUCUGUGUUGGCAGGCAUCCGACCAGAGUCCCUGCCUGGCAGUCCCAUUGCUGCCACGGGAGAAUGUCACUGUGAAUAAGGUCCACAAGUUCCCAUUGCUGGAUGGUCACCCCAACAUGUGUGUCCAGGUGAGCAGUAGGGAGAAGGUGCAGCUGCAAGUGUGCUUGUGGUCUGACUCCCUGGGACCCUUCAAGAAUGAUAUGCUGCUGGUGGAGUCAAGAGGCUUGCAGAACGACACAUCACUCUGUGCCUUGGGACCCAGUGGCUGUACUCCACUGCCCAGCAAGACUUCCAUGAGAGCAGCUCACCUUGGAGAACAGCUGCUGCAAGACCUUCAGUCAGGACAGUGUCUGAAGCUGUGGGAUGACGACCUGGGAGCACUAUGGGCCUGCCCCAUGGAGAAGUAUAUCCACAAGCGCUGGGCCCUGGUCUGGCUGGCCUGCCUACUCUUGGGCGCUGCACUUUUUUUCUUCCUCCUCCUCCGGAAGGACCGCGUGAAAGCGGCCGCACAACUUCGUGUGGCUCUGCUCCUGCACGCCACCGAAGGCGCGGGCUUCGAGCGUCUGGUGGCCGCUCUGGCGUCGGCCCUGAGCCACCUGCCGCUGCGCGUAGCCGUGGACCUAUGGAGCCGUCGCGAGCUGAGCGCGCAGGGGGCCCUGGCCUGGUUCCACGCACAGCGGCGCCAGACCCUGCAGGAGGGCGGCGUGGUGGUCCUGCUCUUCUCGCCCGGGGCCGUGGCCCUAUGUCAGCAGUGGCUGCAGGACGCGGCGUCGGCGUCCGAGCAGGCGCCGGGCCCACACGACGCCUUCGCCGCUUCGCUCAGCUGCGUGCUGCCCGACUUCCUGCAAGGUCGGGCGCCGGGUCGCUACCUCGGGGUGUGCUUCGAUGGACUGCUGCAUCCGGACGACGUGCCCGCCCCUUUCCGCGCCGCGCCAGUCUUCUCCUUACCCUCGCAGUUGCCGGGCUUCCUGAGCGCCCUGCAGGAGCCCGGCGCCACGCCCCCGGGGCGACUCCAGGAGAGGGCGGAGCAAGUGUGCCGGGCCCUUCAGCCCGCCCUGGACCGCUACUUCCCGCCCGGGGGGCGGGAUGCGGGCCCUGACCUGGGACCGGGGCCUGGGCUUGAAUAAAGGAACACACUAUA